UGAUAAGUCUCUCUGUUCCUGUCAAAAACACAGCUGAGAAAUAGAUCCAGUUGUUGCUAUAUGCCCCAUUCAUCUGGAGGAGGUUUGUCGAAUAAAACAAAUUAGAUUUUGAUCUCGAGCGGAUCGUUUAUCAAACAGACGGGGAAGUUUUGAUUUAUACCAUCUUGGACUAGUCCUUGGACGGAAUAUUCCUAUCUAGAUUAUACAGGAAGACUGUUUUGAUGUCUGCGCGGCGGGAGUCUCUAUGGCUGUGUGGACACGUCACUCUGGGCUACGGGCUCUUUCUCCUGGUCGCCCUUCCAGACCUCGCCACAGGCAGGCUAGGGAACUGCAGCCACCCUCUGGUGCCAGAACACGGGGGCUUCCACUGCGAGCCCUCCCCCUGCCGAGGCUUCCCACAGAAGAGCUUGAUCUACUACUUCUGUGAGCCCGGCUACACCAUCCCAAAAGAGGUGCACAGCUCGCGCUGCCGCCACGGCAAAUGGAUCCCCAGCGUGCCCACCUGUCUGUCCACACCAGACAGACAUGUUAACUAUGAGGACCAGGUGGCACACUCACUCCCCAGCGUUGCCACGACGGCGGUGGGAGUGUCCAUAUUCCUUCUCACCACCACGGCCUGCUUGGUGAUCAAGUCCCGCCUUUUUCCCUGUCACUCACACAGGCGCUCCUCUGACCAGAUGGAUCUGAUGGUGGAUGGCCUGCCUGUGUCUCUGCCCACCUAUGAGGAGGCUGUCUACGGGAGCUGGGGGCAACACCUGCCCCCCUGCAGAGGGCCCACCCAGCUCCUAUUGGCCCAGGAGGCUCCAGGUCCAUCAUUAGCUCACAACCAAUCAGAUUCCAGUCACCUUAUCCAUCAAUCCAAUCAAAGCCCCGAGAUCCUUCCGCCCCCUUACGAGGAGAUCCAAUCCCGUCCCAGAGAGAGUCAGAGUGAGGUGGACGUGCGGGCCAUACAAGUUGCACUUCCCGAUGACAAGGACAUUUGAGUGGCUGGCGUAUUUGUGUUACCCACCAAUGAUGUACUGACUUGUAAAAUCAUGUGCUCAGGCACUUAUAUGGAUUCAAGCCUACCAGCAUGGAUCGACUUUCUUUUCAGGUUUUAACCUUAUACAUAGCACACCAGUUCUGAUUGGCUAUUUGUAAUGUUAUGAGACGUAUCCUGCCAUGGAGACAUGGUUUAUAUCCCAUCAGUGAUGGGACCUGAGCCUCAUUUGUUGAGGUGACUUUGGUAAUGCCAUUACUGUUACAUCACAGGGACCUGCACGUCCUUCUUGUUGGUUUAUGAUUUGCGAUGAUGGCAGAGUUGUAGCGUCGAUAUAGAAACCAGCAGACCGACCCUGUUCCCACCUUGCACCUCUCCCCUAUCUGCUUAGAAUUAUUGACCAGUUUGGGGAGACUUGGGGGUAGAAACCCCCAGAAUGUACUUAUUUGUUAUAGACA